UUGUCUCCCUCUUGGAGCGCUCUGACAUGAAUUUUUCUAUAGAAAGAGAACUACAUUGAUUCUACAGAAAGUUUUGAUAGUUAAACUGGCUGUUUUUCCAGAAGGGUUUUGAGUCCAUCUACUCAAUUUACAGAAUUUGAAUUUGUAUUUUUGCUCACUGGAGAUCGUCAACUGUGAGUAUGUUCCAGUCACUAUCAAACAAUUAAGGAAGACAUGUUUAUUUACGUCAGCUCAUCUUCGGUGAUUCGAAACUCAGGCUAAACAAGGCAGUAAAAGUUUUGAGUCUUGAUCUUUGGCCAGGACAGCUGUUGUAAACCAGCUCUGUGAUGUGCUGUGAGUGUAAUGAGAUGUGGGCAUAGAUAUUUGAAAGUGAGGGACUGGGAGAGGGGCAAGACAGCAAUAAAGAGGAAGAGAAGACUGUGUGUUUGAGCGACUGGAGAGGUCUUGCUGGAAGCCCGGAAAGAGGAGUAGAGGAAAAGAGGAAGGAGCAAAGAUGAGUGUGAGGUGGGAGACGGAGGGCUUGCAGACCGUGGGCAUUGUCUGCCUGGUCUUCAUGUUCCUCAAACUUAUGCACCUGCUGGGGCUCAUCGACAUCACCGAGACAGAUGACAGCAGCGACAGUGAUCUGGAGCUGUCCACAGUGCGGCACCAACCAGAGGGGCUGGAGCAGCUGCAGGCCCAGACCAAGUUCACCAAGAAAGAGCUGCAGUCUCUCUACAGGGGCUUCAAGAAUGAGUGUCCCAGUGGGCUGGUGGAUGAGGACACAUUCAAGUCCAUCUAUUCUCAGUUCUUUCCCCAAGGAGAUGCUACAACUUAUGCUCAUUUCCUGUUUAACGCGUUUGACAUAGACCGAAAUGGCUCCAUUCGCUUUGAGGACUUUGUGAUUGGACUGUCUGUGCUGCUGAGGGGUUCAGUGACGGAGAAACUGAACUGGGCUUUCAAUCUCUACGACAUCAACAAGGAUGGGUACAUUACUAAAGAGGAGAUGCUGGCAAUAAUGAAAUCCAUCUAUGACAUGAUGGGAAGGUACACUUACCCCAGCGUGCGAGAUGACGCCCCCUUUGAACAUGUGGAGAAGUUCUUCCAGAAAAUGGAUCGGAACCGAGAUGGAGUGGUGACCAUUGAUGAGUUUAUAGAGACCUGCCAGAAGGAUGAGAACAUCAUGAGCUCCAUGCAACUCUUUGAAAACGUUAUCUAGAACCAACAGAAACCCAGAACAGACUCUCCCACCCUCCACCCUCGCCACCUGAAAGUAAUCUCCCUCACCAACCUCCAACACCCAAAGCACACCCUGUCUCGCUAUGCCCUGAAAGUGGGUGAUAAAUACACAAAGGACCACGGCAUCUUUUUUUAUACUUAGCUUUUAAUAGAGAUCCCUGUAUGCGCAACCUUCUGCUGCUCAAGAGGUAAAAGCACUGCACUUGGACCCACCUCUUAUGUGUGAAUAAAAACUUUGCCUCAGAUGUACACAUUGAAGACAGAAGAUAGUUACUCCAUUAACCUGCAGACUUCCCAGGUUCUUGCCUUUUCUAGUGGACUUACUGGACAAUAGAAAAAGUAUAAUAAAGGACAACCUUUUUCUGACGUUGGAAGUUUUAUGGAGAGUAAAAGGGUUUAAGAGGGAGAGAUGCCGGCUGUUUGCUAUUUUGUUUUUUUGCUGUCAUUUUUUUCUGGCAAUUUCCAAUCCAUGAGGCCUAUAACUGACUACAG